AUUCAAUAAUUAACGCAAGACCCAACAUGGCCUCCCCACAGCCAAACAAUUUCAACUUCCCUUUCUUCCCUUCGCCACCUUUUCAUCCCUUCCAUCCGCCACCCCCACCGUCCCAUUCAUCCCCUCCUCCACCUCCUCCGCCGUCUCAUCGAUUUUCCCCUCCGCCUCCACCUCGGCGUGUACCUCCACCACCACCUCCACGCGUACCUCCCCCGCCACCUCCACGCGUACCUCCCCCGCCACCUCCUCGUGUACCUCCCCCGCCACCUCCUCGUGUGCGCCCGCCGCCGCCGCCAUCUCAUCCAAUUGUUCCCCCUCCUCCACCUGUGCGGCCACCCCCAGCCCCAGUUCCACCUUCGCCUGCUCCAAGCCAUCCUAUAGUGAUUGUGAUCGUGUUUGUUUCGUUGGGCGGCCUUCUCUUCCUUGCAUUGCUGGCUUUUGCUCUGUUUUGCUGUAUUAGGAGGAGGAAGAAGAAGGCGUCCCAAGAAAUGGACAUUAUGCACGUUGAUGAGCAUAAAAAGGUUAAGGAAGAAAUUGUGUCGGGUCCUUUCGGACAGAAGGUUGUGGUGAUGACGGUAGAGGAUGAUGUGCAUAUCGGCGGUGAAGUGAAGAAUGAGAAGUUUGGCGACGGUGUCCAUGCGGAAUCAUCGUCAGCUAAUGAUCAGGGCAGCUCUAGUGGCCAUGACCAUGACGUGGCAAAUACUUCUUCUGGUUUUGGACACCAUCAUCAUCACGAGCUUCAGCACAAGCGAGCAAGCCACGACUGAAACCCACAUGAAAUACUGUCUGCAGUGCAUCAAUCAAUAAACUCUCUGUUCGCGGCGUCGGGCGCGUAAUUCUGUUCAGUAAUUUGAUAAAAUUGUGAAGUUCCCCCCCCCCCUCCCAAUUUAAAGCUAGCGACUAAACUAUGCAUUUAAAUAAAUAAAAAUGUAAAUAUGCAAAUUCCUUUCUCUUGCUCUGCAUAGAGUUUCAGAUAAUAAGCACUAUUUAUGUGUGUCAUAUAAAGAUAAUAAUAAUGGAAUUGGUUUCGAAUCA